CGGGCCCACGUGACCGGAGCCCCAAUCCAAUAUGGCGGCGCCCAGGAGGCGCAGGCUGCUCUUCCUGUCCUCGCUGCUCGGCUUGCUUGGAGUGGCGUGGUGCAGCCUGGGCUCGGGGUACCUAUCUGAGGAGGAGGUCCUGGACACCGUAAAUCCAUUCAUGCAGCUGCUGAGUGGAGUUGUGUGGCUCGUCCGCAACGGAAGCAUCUACAUCAACGAGAGCCAAGCCAUCGAGUGUGAUGAGACGCAGGAGACAGGUUCUUUUAGCAAAUUUGUGAACGUGAUAUCGGCCAGGACAGCUGUGGGUCAUGACCGUAAGGGGCAGCUCGUACUCUUCCAUGCAGAUGGACAGACGGAGCAGCGUGGCAUCAACCUAUGGGAGAUGGCGGAGUUCCUGCUGAAACAAGAUGUGGUCAAUGCCAUCAACCUGGAUGGAGGUGGUUCUGCCACCUUUGUGCUCAACGGGAGCCUGGCCAGUUACCCUUCGGAUCACUGCCAGGACAACAUGUGGCGCUGUCCUCGCCGUGUGUCCACCGUGGUAUGUGUGCAUGAACCCCACUGCCAGCCGCCCAACUGCAGUGGCCACGGGACCUGUGUGGAUGGCCGCUGUGAAUGCACCAGCCGCUUCUGGCGGGGUGCCGCCUGCAACGAGCUAGACUGUGGCCCCUCCAACUGCAGCCAGCAUGGGCUGUGCACAGAGACUGGCUGCCGCUGUGAUGCUGGAUGGAUGGGAUCCAACUGCAGUGAAGAGUGUCCUCUGGGCUGGUAUGGGCCAGGUUGCCAGAGUCCUUGCCAGUGUGAUCACCAGUGUCCCUGCGACCCCCAGACUGGCAACUGCAGCGUCUCACAAGUGAAGCAGUGUCUCCAGUCAACGGAGGCCACACCAAGGGCAGGAGAGCUGGCCUUUUUCACCAGGACCACGUGGCUGGUACUUACCCUCAUCCUAGUUGUCCUGCUGCUGAUCAGCACUGUAGUCAAUGUGAGCUUGAUCCUGGGCUCCAAGGCCGAGAGGAACCGACACCUCGACGGGGACUAUGUGUACCACCCGCUGCAGGAGAUGAACGGGGAGCUGCUGGCUGCAGAGAAGGAACAGACAGAAGACACUUGCAACCCCUUCAAGGACUGACAGAGACCUGGGCUGCCAAUGGCAUGCCCCAAACGCUGUCCCUGCUCCUCAGUUUUAUGGGGAGGGAUGUGAGGCCACUGGCAUGGAUGCUGCACGCUCCACUCCUUGCCUGGCCAUGACCCACCUGUCCCCACGCUGUGGCUCAUGCCACCCCAGCAAUGCAGAGUUCUGGAGAGCCUGCACCUGCUUCCCCGCCUGCCUGUGUCUGCUGCCCAGAGACCUGUCUCCCACAGAGGUCUCGCCACUGCCAAAGACUCCCAGGAAGCAACUAGCAAAUGAAAUUCUGUAGCCUAAUCAUGAUAAGAGUGGUCAACUCGCCUGGACCACCUGCACAGGGGUAGAGUAGAAAGACUUACCCCCGGCUCAGCCACGGUGUACGCCCUUAUGUAGCCUCAUUGCCAGACUGCCAACUAGAAUUCUGCAACCUGUCACAUAAGCUCCUCAUAAGACGGGAUGGGGAGGAAGGAAGUCGCCAUGUUUACAGACUUUCUAUUUUUGUUCUCCUGCUCUCUAAAGGAAUUUUCUAAUACUUGAAUAAAUUGGGAUACUAAAAUGA